AUGGAUUUGGUAAACGGUAGUGGAGAGUCUCCAAUAAACAAUCAUUCUGAUAAUAUGACUAAUAAUAUAAAUAAUGGAAUCACAACAUUCAAUUCACAUACUAAUUCUCAUAAUGAUGAAAGUAGAGUUCAUCAAUAUUUAAUGAAUUUAACUGGAAAUGAUGGUUCACAAAAUUUUUUACCAACAUUUACUAAUUAUGGUACAUUAGAACCUUUUCAAUCUAUAGAUACACUUUCAACAAUAACACAUUUAGAUAAUGAAGAAAAAAAACAUGAAAAUAAUAAGAAAGAAUUAGUUGAAAUAACAAAUGAUAAAAAUCAAAAAAUGAUAAAAAUUAAAGAUGAUGAUGAAAAUCAUAGUCUUCCAAAUGAUGGAUCUUUAUCACCAUCAGAUCACUCAUUAACAUUACCUCAAAAACCUAGAAGGCAAAGAACACAUUUUACAAGUCAUCAGUUAACAGAACUUGAAAAUUGGUUUUCACGUAAUAGAUAUCCUGAUAUGGCAACAAGAGAAGAAAUUGCUAGUUGGAUCAAUUUAACAGAACCAAGAGUACGAGUAUGGUUCAAAAAUAGAAGAGCUAAAUGGCGUAAAAGAGAAAGGCAUCAUUUACCACCAGAUUUUAAGACAUUUCAUACUACAACAACAAAUGGAAAUUAUCUUAAUCAACCAUUGUUACGUGGUACUGAGACAUUUGAAGAUAAUUCAUCUUUUUAUGGUGUUAAUAGUUGGCAACAUAAUUAUAAUACUAUUAGAAAUCCAUCAUCAACAUCCUCAGCAUUAGGUUGGAGUUUAAAAACACCAAAUGUUAAUAUUCCAUCAAAUAAUACAUCAAUUAAUAAUUCAAAUGUUUCAAAUACAAUGGUAUCAUUUUCAACAUUACUACCUUCAUCAACAUUAAAUCAUGCUAUAAAUUCUUCACGUAUACCAAAUAUACCAAUUGAUUCAUCCUUCUCAUCAACAGCAGCAGCAACAAAUUUAUUGUAUGGGCAAAAUCAAAAUAUAAGAAAUACACAAAAUACUUCUCUUUGUAAUUCAUCAAAUAAUAAUGAUGGUAAAAUAAAGAAUGCUUUUAUAUCACCACUUACAAAUUCUGUAACUAGUGAUUAUGUCACAAAUCCAUGUUCUACCAGUGGCUACUCAGCAUUCCACCUCAAUCCAUAUUCAAAUUAUAAUACAAAUUUGUAA